AGAACUUCAUAGGCAUUCAUUUACAUUUUAUUUAAUUUGCAGCUGAUAAUGUUUUACGUUAUGUAGCCUCAGUUUUCUUGGUUUAUGCAUAAACAUUUUCAGUAAUUAGGUUUCUCUUUUUUUCAGGUGUUUCCUCUGUAGUGUAGAGGCAAUAUGUACUCGGAGUGGAGGUCCCUGCAUCUUGUCAUUCAAAAUGAUCAGGGUCAUACUAGUGUACUUCACAGCUAUCCUGAAAAUGUGGGGAGAGAAGUGGCAAAUUCAGUGGUGCGUCCCCUUGGGCAAGCCUUAAAUAUGCCAUCAGCAACCGGGAGUGAGAGUUUGUUAAAAACAGAUAAAGAAGUAAAGUGGACUAUGGAGGUGGUUUGUUAUGGUUUGACCCUCCCACUGGAUGGCGACACUGUGAAGUAUUGCGUUGAUGUAUAUACAGACUGGAUUAUGGCUCUUGUAUUACCUAAAGAGUCUAUUCCACUGCCAGUUAUUAAGGAACCCAAUCUCUAUGUUCAGAGCAUUCUCAAGCACCUACAGAAUCUCUUCGUACCAAGGGCAGACCCAGGGUCCAUUCAGAUGAGGCUGUGCCUGCAGGUUUUGAAAGCUGUCCAGAAACUGGCUCGUGAAUCAAGCAUCAUGGCCCGAGAAACCUGGGAGAUUUUAUUAUUAUUUCUUCUACAGAUUAAUGACACCCUGCUGGCAGCUCCAACUGUGCAAGGUGGCAUUGCUGAGAAUCUGGCUGAGAAGUUGAUUGGUGUGCUCUUUGAAGUGUGGUUGCUAGCUUGUGCUCGGUGCUUUCCAACACCACCUUAUUGGAAAACUGCCAAGGAGAUGGUAGCCAACUGGCGCCAUCAUCCAGCUGUGGUGGAACAGUGGAGCAAGGUUAUCUGCUCCCUUACAUCCAGAUUGCUACGUUUCACAUAUGGACCUUCAUUUCCUCCAUUUAAAAUCCCUGAUGAAGAUGCUGGUCUGAUUCCUCCUGAAAUGGAUAAUGAAUGCAUUGCACAGACUUGGUUUCGCUUUUUACAUAUACUCAGUAAUCCUGUGGAUUUGAGUAACCCAGCCAUUAUUAGUUCUACCCCCAAAUUUCAGGAGCAGUUCUUGAAUGUGAGUGGAAUAACCCAAGAAUUGAAUCAAUACCCCUGCCUUAAACAUCUGCCUCAAAUAUUCUUUCGUGCCAUGCGUGGGAUCAGCUGCUUAGUGGAUGCUUUUCUAGGCAUUUCACGACCUCGGUCAGACAGUGCUCCCCCCACACCAGUAAAUAGGUUGAGUAUGCCCCAGAAUACUGCUGUCAACACAACUCCACCUCAUAACCGAAGGCAUCGGGCUGUGACUGUGAACAAGGCAACAGUGAAAACUGGCACUGUAAGCACUACUCACACGUCAAAAGUGCAGCAACAGGCAUCCUCCACCUCGCCGUUGUCGAGCCCAAACCAGACAAGUUCUGAGCCUCGGCCACUACCUGCACCUCGAAGGCCAAAAGUUAACAGCAUCUUGAACCUCUUUGGAUCGUGGUUGUUUGAUGCAGCAUUUGUUCACUGUAAACUUCAUAAUGGAAUAAAUAGAGAUGGCAGCAUGACUGCUAUAGCAACACAAGCUAGUGUGGAGUUUCGUCGGAAAGGAUCACAAAUGUCCACAGACACUAUAGCUUCCAAUCCCAUGUUUGAUGCAAGUGAAUUUCCAGACAACUAUGAAUCAGGAAGAGCAGAAGCCUGUGGAACACUGUGUAGAAUAUUUUGUAGCAAGAAGACUGGGGAGGAAAUACUGCCAGCUUACUUAUCCCGAUUUUAUAUGCUUUUAAUCCAGGGUUUGCAGAUAGCAGAUUUCAUUUGCCACCCAGUGCUGGCCAGCAUAAUCCUAAAUUCCCCUCCUUUGUUCUGCUGUGACCUUAAGGGGAUUGAUGUUGUGGUUCCUUACUUCAUAUCAGCUCUUGAAACUAUUUUACCUGACAGAGAGCUCUCCAAGUUUAAAAACUACAUAAACCCUAUAGAACUAAGAAGAGCUUCUAUUAAUAUCUUGCUGUCCUUGUUGCCCCUCCCUCAUCAUUUUGGGACUGUAAAAUCUGAGGUUGUCCUGGAAGGAAAGUUCAGCAAUGAUGAGAGCUCUUCUUAUGACAGACCUGUAACCUUCCUUUCCUUGAAGUUGAGGCUUGUGAAUAUUCUAAUAGGGGCUUUGCAAACUGAAACAGAUCCCAACAACACCCAGAUGAUACUAGGUGCAAUGUUAAAUAUUGUUCAAGAUUCAGCACUCUUAGAAGCCAUUAGCUGUCAGCUGGAAACGAAUGGUGGAGAAAAUAGCCUCUUGAAAAGCCACAGUCGCACUAACAGUGGCAUUAGUACAACAAGUGGAGGAAGUACUGAGCCUACAACGCCAGAUAGUGAGAGACCAGCACAAGCUCUUCUACGAGAUUAUGCUCUUAAUACAGAUACAGCUGCUGGACUACUGAUUCGCAGUAUUCAUCUUGUAACCCAAAGACUCAACUCACAGUGGAGGCAAGACAUGAGUAUUUCGCUAGCUGCAUUAGAACUUCUUUCUGGAUUGGCAAAGGUGAAGGUUGUUGUUGAUUCAUCUGACAGGAGGAGAGCUAUUAGUUCAGUAUGUAGUUAUAUUGUGUACCAGUGCAGCCGUCCAGCCCCACUCCACUCACGAGAUCUUCACUCUAUGAUAGUUGCAGCAUUUCAGUGCCUCUGUGUCUGGCUCACUGAACACCCUGAUAUGCUGGAUGAGAAGGACUGUUUAAAAGAAGUGUUGGAGAUUGUGGAAUUGGGUAUCUCAGGAAGUAAAUCCAAAAACAGUGAACAAGAGGUCAAAUACAAAGGAGAUAAAGAGCCAAAUCCUGCAUCCAUGAGGGUGAAGGAUGCAGCUGAAGCUACAUUAACAUGCAUUAUGCAGUUACUGGGAGCAUUUCCUUCCCCCAGUGGCCCUGCCUCUCCUUGCAGUUUGGUGAAUGAAACCACCUUAAUUAAAUGUUCUGGUCUGCCUACUAUAAACAAACACAGCUUUCGCUACUUUGUUUUGGAUAAUAGUGUCAUCCUUGCAAUGUUGGAGCAGCCUCUAGGGAACGAACGGAAUGACUCUAUUCCCUCUGUCACAACUUUGGUUCGUGGGACGUCUGGAAGAUUUGCAUGGGCCCAGCAGCUUUGCCUUUUACCAAGAGGAGCCAAAGCAAAUCAAAAGCAGAUGUUCAUACCAGAACCACGACCAACUCCUAAAAACAACGUUGGGCUCAAAUACACCGUGAAGCACCGACCCUUUCCUGAAGAGGUGGACAAAAUUCCAUUUGUAAAAGCUGACUUAAGCAUUCCAGACCUCCACGAAAUUGUUAAUGAGGAAGUUGCUGCGCUGGCCUGCAAGGGCUGUGUGUCUUCAACUGUGGUUGCACUGGAGUUCUCAUCUCUCUCUCAGAGGGAACAGACCACUGUGUCCACUGUGUUUUCAGACGUGACCAUGUUGUUGACUAUGAAGAUGCAGUUGGAAGAACGACAUGAGAAGCUGAGGAACGGCAUGGCCCAACAGAUUUUUUAUGAGACUUCCAUAGACCAGAAGAGUGAAGAGGAGUGGCGCAAGAAGAGCUUCCCUGACCCAGUCACCGAGUGCAAACCUCCACCUCCUGCACAGGAGUUCCAGACAGCACGCCUGUUCCUGUCACACUUUGGAUUUCUGUCACUUGAGGCACUGAAGGAACCUGCUAACAGUCGUCUACCUCCCCACCUGAUUGCACUUGAAUCUACUCUUCCUGGGUUUUUUGAUGACCUUGGCUACUUGGAUCUGCUGCCAUGUCGUCCUUUUGAUACUGUUUUCAUUUUCUACAUGAAGGCAGGCCAGAAAACAAGCCAAGAGAUUCUAAAGAAUGUAGAGUCUUCCAGAAAUGUUCAACCACACUUCCUAGAGUUCUUGUUGUCUCUUGGUUGGUCAGUUGAUGUGGGAAAGCACUCUGGUUGGACUGGACAUAUUUCAACUAGUUGGUCUAUUAACAGUUGCAGCAAUGAAGAAGAAGCUGAACAAGAUGAAGUUAUUUCUUCAGAAGAUGUUGGGGCAAGUAUCUUCAACGGGCAGAAGAAGGUGUUAUAUUAUGCUGAUGCCCUGACAGAAAUAGCUGUUGUUGUCCCAUCACCAAUGGAGCCCUUAACUGAUUCUUUGGAAAGCAGUGUCUCUGACCAAGAGAAUGAUUCUAACAUGGAUCUAAUGCCUGGAAUACUAAAGCAGCCAUCUUUGACACUUGAACUUUUUCCCAAUCAUGCAGACCAUCUCAGUUCCUCACAGCGGCUCAGUCCUACUUCCAGAUCAAAGAAGGUGCCUCCGGGCCGAACUAUUCCACCAAUGGGACCUGAAACCAAGGUGUAUGUGGUCUGGGUUGAACGUUAUGAUGAUAUAGAAAACUUUCCCCUCUCUGAUUUGGUUUCUGAGACCAGCACUGGUGUAGAAACUACAGCAAAUAGUAGUACUUCCCUAAGAUCUGCAAGCCCUGAAAAGGAGGUUCCUGUGAUUUUUAUCCAUCCUUUAAACACUGGGUUAUUCAGGAUAAAAGUGCAAGGAGCUACUGGGAAAUUCAACAUGGUCAUUCCACUGGUGGAUGGAAUGAUUGUUAGUAGGAGAGCUCUUGGUUUCUUAGUGAGACAGACGGUAAUAAACAUUUGCCGAAGAAAGAGGCUGGAAAGUGAUUCAUACAACCCCCCACACGUCCGCCGAAAACAGAAAAUAGCUGAUAUUGUCAAUAAAUACAGAAACAAGCAGCUUGAGCCAGAGUUUUAUACUUCACUUUUCCUGGAGGUUGGGCUCAAGAACUGUAAUCCCUAGAUCAAUAUUCUUAUCAGAACUUGGUGGCUACAGUAACAAAAAUGAAUAGAUGAAAAAGCUAAAUGCAAAAAAACCCCUCCCCUAUGCCAUUCGGAAUAGAGGAAACCACAUUCUAGCAUGGAGUCAGCGGAUACCAUGUGAGAAGAAUGAGAAACAGGCCCUUACCCUUCAGUUUUCUUAGUGAAUAUGUGUUCACAACACCACAUCCUCAGCUGAAGAGACCAAAAUUAUAUUGCUUUCACUAUUUAAGACUUUUCCCCAGUUCUUGAGUAAGAAAAAAAAUACAGCAAAUGUGUAGCUCUGACAGCGUUUCACGUUCAGAGAGGAAAAAAAGACAUUAUGCAUAGGCGCAGAAACAAACAGCUAAAAACUCAUACCUCACUCUCUGCUUCUGGAGAUUUGGUUCAAGAGCUAAUACUGAGGCCAGUUUCAUUCAAACCAGUGCAAUCUAAAAUGUGGUAGCUGGGUAUUAAAUUAACCUACCUAGCCUCAACCACUUGCACCUUUCCAGUUUUCCUGAAUAGUGGAAACAUCACCUCUUACCCCUAUUAUCUAAUCUAGCCUAAUAAGAGGCAGAAACAAUUGAUGUCUCAUAUCACAAAAAGCCCAUAAUCCAAAUACAAACUUCUGUUUCUGCAUGUGAUAGCAGAAAAUAAACACACCUAGCCUAAGACUGGAAUGAAAGACACCUGAAUAUAUCUAUACUUUAAAGACAAACUAACAGCAUCUCCCCUUCCAGCUUCCUAUGAAGUCAGGAGCCGGUCUCCAGAACAUGCAACUCCCACCAGGAUUUAAGUAGAAAGUUUAAAAAUUCCUCCAAAAAUGAAAUGUCCAUAACCAUUUACUUCAUGUAAUAGAAAGAAGUCAGGGAAAGUAGUUUAAAAACACCAGGUCAUGAAUUCAAAGUUGAAGUUAUGAUACAAUAAUUGUCUCUCAAUAAAUUUCAGAAUUA